GAACUGCCCAACCGCGACCGUCGUUUCAUUUCAAUGGUAGUGCCUUCGUCGGCCGAUGAGUAUGAGGCGCAGUGGUGGGGUCAGGCACCUCAAGAGCAAAUCUUCAUCCUGGUGCCGGCCGACCAGUACCAGUGUGGCUAUAUGCCUUGGGCGCAGCAGAACUGGCCCAUGACCUCCCCAGGAGCGUGGCCCAUGGAUUCCAUGGUUGCUCCAUGUCAGCCGCAGAUGCAGAUGCCGCAGAUGUCGCCUCAGGUGCCGAAGGUUGAGCCCUCUCAAGCCGCGCCCGCGCCCGCGCCUGCGGCGCCCCUGCCGCCGCACGUGGCGCCGGCGCCUGCGGUGCCAGUGCCUGCGGUGCAGCCGAUGGCCGUGAACGGCACCAAGACCAGCUGGUCUGACGAACCGAUCGGUGGUGAGGCAGACCUGGAGGCCCAAGAAAACAUGGACGAUUCCGCAGCUCAGGUGAUCAAGGACACCGAGACCUCCGAGCGCCGUCCCACCUCCAGCGCCGCGCGGCGCUUGCGCCGCAAGCGCGCCUCGGAGCGCCAGCGCCAGGCAGAGGCAGAUCCCAAUCCCUAUCCCGAAGAGCUCGACAUGGACCAGCUGCGCAAACGUUUGGAAACAGAUCCCAACGGCGUGGCUGGACAAAUGCGUGGCCAUGUCUACGACUUGGCUCGGGAUCCUUCUCACUGCCGCCUGUUGCAAGAGGUGCUGGAGCGCUGUAGCAGCCGCGAGGGGCAACGCCUUGCUGAGGAGUUGCAGGGCCGUGUUUGGGAGCUAUCGACCUGCCCCCAUGGCAACUUCGUGGUGCAAAAAGUGAUUUCGCACCUUUCGUGUUCUGCCAGUGAGUUCAUCGCGCGCGAAUUGCAGGGCUGGGCGGUGCCUGCCGCCAAGAAUCGCCAAGCUUGCCGCAUCUUAUGCCGACUUCUGGAGUUUCGUGGAAGUGGUGCCACCUGGGACUUGAUCGAUGAAUUGCUGAAGGACGUGGGCAGCCUAUGCCAACACAGCUUUGCACACCAUGUGAUCCAGUCAGUCCUUGAGCAUGGCAAGGCUGAGCACAAGGAGCGGAUCGCUGAUGCCUUGCUGUUGGAUGGAUUCAGGUUUGCGACCCACAAACAUUCCAGCUACCUCAUCGAGAAGGUGCUGUGCUACUGCAGCGAGCGCGACCAAGAGAAGUUGAUCCGCUCCCUCGGAACGAUGCCCAAGCUGCUGGAGUUGGCCAAGACGCCCUACGGUUCGUUCGUGGCCCGUGCGCUCCUUCGAGACGAACGAGUCAAUUAUGAGGGAGCCAUGCGGCUUUUUAAGCAACAUCAAAAGGAGCUUGAAGAGUCCAAACACGGUCUCCGCUUUUUGUUGGAGCUGAAACUUGUGGUUUAG